GACGAUUGGAGGAUCGAAGCCUGGCGGAAGCGGGGCAGGUCGGGAGGUUACCUGAACCAUGGCAGCUGUGCCGCCGCUGCGGGACCGCUUGAGCUUCCUACACAGGCUCCCCAUUCUGUUGAAGGGGACCUCAGAUGAUGACAUCCCAUGUCCAGGCUACCUGUUUGAAGAGAUUGCCAAGAUUUCCCACGAGUCACUAGGCAGUAGCCAGUGCCUGCUGGAGUACCUCCUGAACCGCCUGGACAGCAGCUCCGGGCACGUGAAGCUCAAGGUGCUGAAGAUCUUGCUUUACCUGUGUGGUCAUGGCUCUUCCUCCUUCCUCCUCAUCCUCAGGAGAAACUCUGCUCUCAUCCAAGAAGCCACAGCUUUCUCAGGGCCUCCAGAUCCUCUUCACGGGAAUAGCUUGUACCAGAAGGUGCGGGCGGCUGCCCAGGACCUGGGUAGCACUCUGUUCGCAGACGCCGUGCCACAGCCUCCCUCACAGCCGCCCCAGACCCUGCCUCCCGCAGGCAUGGGUGCCCAGGCCAGACCUCUUAGUGCUCUGCAAGGCUUCGGCUACACGAAGGAGAGCAGCCGGACAGGCUCCGCAGGUGAAACCUUCCUCUCCACCAUCCAGAGGGCCGCAGAGGUAGUGGCUAACGCUGUGCGUCCUGGACCUGAUAAUCCUUGUAACAAGGGACCCUUGACAUAUGGUGAUACCUACCAGCCUGCAGUGACACCUUCAGCUAGCCACACAUAUCCCAACCCUGGGAAUCUACUCCCUGGGGCCAUCCUGGGGGCCAGAGCUGUGAGACACCAGCCCGGGCAGGCUGGAGGCGGCUGGGAUGAGUUGGACAGCAGUCCUAGUUCCCAGAAUUCCUCCUGCACCAGCAACCCGAGCAGGGCCUCGGACUCGGGCAGUCGGUCUGGCAGUGACAGCCACUCUGGCACCAGCCGGGAGCCAGGCGACCUGGCAGAAAGGGCUGAGGCCAUGCCGCCAAACGACUGCCAGCAAGAACUGAAUCUGGUAAGGACUGUGACGCAGGGGCCACGUGUCUUCCUGAGCCGUGAGGAGACGCAGCACUUCAUCAAAGAGUGUGGCCUACUCAACUGUGAGGCUGUGCUGGAGCUGCUCCUCCGACAGCUGGUCGGGACCAGUGAGUGCGAGCAGAUGAGGGCACUGUGUGCCAUCGCAUCCUUUGGGAGUGCUGACCUCCUGCCUCAGGAGCACGUCCUCCUCCUGUGCCGACAGCAGCUGCAGGAACUUGGCACGGGCAGCCCUGGACCUGUGACCAACAAAGCCACCAAGAUCCUGAGACACUUUGAAGCCUCCUGUGGACAACAGCUCCCUACCCUAAGGCCCUGUGCCCAGCCCAACUCUGCAGCCGCCCCUGUGGGCCCAGCUGACCUGCUGACCAGCCCCGUGCCUGCCCCUGGGAGCCAGGUCUUCCUCCAGCCUCUCAGCUCCGCCACGGUGGUACCCAGGAGUCCUGUGCCUGCUCCGUCCCCUGAUACCUUACCUCCGUCUUCUCUGGAGAAGCCCAGCGAGGUCCAAACCCAAUUGGUAUGUUCUAGUGAUCAAGGGACAGAAGCUGAGCAGAGGCUGGAGAACACAGACACCCCGAAGAAUAGCUCCAGUCCGCUCCCGUGGAGCCCCAACUCUCUCUUUGCCGGCAUGGAGCUGGUAGCUUGCCCCCGCCUGCCUUGCCCCCGCUCUCAGGAUCUCCAGGCCGAUUUACAGACGGCGACCACUGAAGCUCCAGUUUCAGAGCCAUCAGCUUUUGCAUUUUUAAACAUGUGACUUUCUGGGCCCGGCUGUACAGCAUCCCCUCUGUCCUCGUAUGGAGGGCCCCAGGGCCUAUGGCCUCCUGUCCUUGUGUUCACGAAGGAGCGGUCCUUUGGUGUCUUCUGGCUGUCCCUUCGCCCUCUCUGGCCCCUUCUUUUCACCUAGGAAACUGGUACAGCGACCUUUGAGCCAGGUGAGCCCCGGAUGGGCCUCCCAGUGCUCAGAACAGUCACUGAAGAAGGGUUAUGGGCCCUUAGUGCUGACCAGCCAACAUAGAGAUGUGGAAAAUACGGUCAACCAAUGCCUCAGAAGAUGUCUGCACACCCAUUGCUUCUUGGGAAUUGACUCUGGCCGUGCCCCUGAGAUUGGCUUCCCUCUUCUUCCUGGCAAGACCCACACAGACCUUCUUAGCAGUCUGUCCAUAGCGGGAGACCAUCUCGUACAUCUUCAGGGCAGGGCUUCCCCAAGGCUGUGGACCACAGCCCCUCUGCCCCAUGCUGCUGUCUCUAGGAGGCUGAACACUGAGGCCAACUCCCACCCCCAACUCCCAGGCUACCUCAGUCCCCGUCGGACCUGUCCUAUUGCUAGGUGCUGGCAGUGAUUGUGUGACUUGAAUUCCUAUGGUGACAGCUGGCCGGGAGCAAGGCUGCAUGGCUGACCUUGGGUAUCCUGGGCAAGCCCUGUCAGCCUGACUCUCAGAAGUGAGCACUUGGAGAGGGUUGGAAGCACCAGCUUGGCUCACAGUUAGGUUCUGAUCUCUGGUCCUUCCUCAGGGAGGUCAAAGGUCAAAGUAGCUGUGUGCCACAGCCGUGAGGAUAGGGGGCUGGGCAGGUGCCUGUGGCCCUCAGAGCUUCCUCAGACAAGUGCCCUGUGGCCAUUUCCAGCGUCAGUUCCUGUAGGGCCCAGCGCUGGGUGCACAGCUUGCCCCAGUUUUCUGUAGAACACGGGAGAGAGAGUCGUCCUCUCAGAAGAGCCCGUGGAGCUGCGACAUGCACUUUCUCAAUAAACACGUGUUUACACAGCUU